CGCUACGUCGCCAUCUGCAAGCCCCUGCGGUACACCGCCAUCAUGACGCCCAGGCUCGUCGUGGCGAUCAUCUCGCUGGUCUGGGGCCUCGAUUCCGUCCUGAUAGUUUCGCUGUUCUCCCUCCAGACGAGGCUCCCCAGGUGCCGAAGCUCCGUGUUGAACGUCUUUUGCGACAACCCGUCCCUGCUGAAGCUAACCUGCGGCAACACCGUGCUGAACAACAUUUUCGGCCUGUUCAACACCGCCAUCAUGCAGAUUAUAAGCGUGUCCGUUCAGGUGUUUUCCUACGUUAAGAUUCUCAUCGCGUGCUUGGUCACGAGGAAGUCGGACACCAAAAAUAAAGCCAUUAACACUUGCGUUGCCCAGCUGGUCAUAUUCGUGAUAUUUGAAAUCGUGGGAACCUUCACCAUUCUGUCACACAGGUUCAAGAAUGUCUCCGUUGAUCUGCAAAAAAUUAUGGGAAUGUUGAUAUUUCUGGUUCCUCCACUUCUGAAUCCAAUCGUGUAUGGAUUGAACACAAAUGAAAUUCGAAAUACCCUCUUAAAGGUUUUUCAGACAAGGGUUGUUAGUGUAUAA